UCCUAUGGGACUCGAUUAGACCGGAGCGACUUGUUAUAAGCCAAGAAGCAAUCAAUAAAGAUUGAUUAGACGAAUUAUUCUCUUGUUUUCUACCAAGAUGAAGGCUUCUGCGUGGAUGAGACGAAUAGUGGAUCUUUUACCGAUAUUUUAUGCUGUACUUACUCGUGUAAUAUUCUUUAUUCAUGGCUUUCUAUGCGUUUGGGUGCUUGCUCAUUGUAAACAGGCAAUGAGUUACUGGUGGCUUAUGAUAGGGAUUUUAUGCCUUCUCGUAGAGAUGUGCUACACUCUUGUGGUUCGUAAAGGACACGAAUACAAAUAUGUCUGAGCAUAGGAAACACGCUCAACAGACAGAAAAAGAUAUGUGAGCUUGGACUCAUCAUUGGAAUCAUUCUUGGGCGUUGGCUCCUACCACGUGGAGACAUCACACGUGACCAGCUCUCAGCUCUGUUGCUAGGAUACGUAGGAACAGCCGCUGACAUCUUGGAACUGUUCGAAGUGUUUGAAGAGGACAAGGUGGUUGGAAGAGGGGAUAUCACGUUUGCUGUGCUUGGUGUCUAUUCCUGGAGUCUUUUGCAGUUUACACUCGUUACCACGGCAACAACGGGUAAAGACAAUCAAAUUAGGAUCACUGCAAACAAGGUCGAUACAGAACCCUCGGCAGAGGAAGUCUUCAACAGAAAGAUCAGCUCCCACAACAAGUACGGUAACCCUACGAAAUACGGUAAUACAGUUAUAAAUGCCAGUGAUGAUGAACUCAAAGAAAAAUACAUCCAGCGUCUCCGAAUGAAGAGACGACAAACGGAAAAGGAUCUGAAUAAUCGCGGGAAGGGAUUUAAGGGAGUUCGGGAACGUAAAGUAAAUCCUAUCACAACCGCACGAGGCGAAGUGAAAGAGAUAUCUAGGCGAGAGAUGUUACUUCAUGGCGAUAUCUUUGGUAUUCUAGCUGGGAUACUGAUGCAAGAUGGACCUUUUCUUGUUCUCAGACUGGUAUUGAUAAUCAAAUUUAGCGUCAUAAGCGAGAUGCAUAUAUUUUUUACAUGUAAAAAUGCUAUCGCGCUGAGCCUAUUGAUGUACAGGCUAUGUAUCUUGACCUGUAGUGGUGAGGAUGAGGUUUACGAUGAACAUCGUGAGAACGAAUGGCGUUUACAGAACGUUCAACAGGCAGUCUACAGCGACCAGUUUAAGGCUUCAGGAGCAAUUCAGCUAGCAGGUUGACACACGUAAAAUAUGGUCGGAAAGGGUCUAAAUUUGUACUUACAAGAGUAUUAAUUCAACAUGACUAUACCAAAUAGACCAGUUUCGAAUUCCAAAUUACCGCUGUGUUCCUUGAUUACAGACUCAUUUGCACAGGGUUGGCCUCAUAUCACAAUAUUCACAAAUACCAACGGUAAAGUAAAGAAUGCACAACUUCAA